CCGGGGAGACGAAGAAGAAAGAUGGCCACAGCUAGCGAUAGCUUGUAGCUGGGGCUCGAAAAAUGCUGCGCUCUUAAUGUGUUUUUUUUGUCCUCUUUCGUCUUCAAGCGAGACACAGCCAUAACUAAAAACACUCUGCCGGCUGCGUAAGAAUAUAAUCACCAGAGUGUGUUAUUAGAGUGAUUUAUUUACUAGUUUUGGGCGGCUGUGUUUGUGUUUGUGUAGGGGGGAAGGGGUCUCCUCAGGUCAGCAGUCCGUCAGUUUAACGUCAGUGAGGAUCGUAGGAACCAGUCGUCAUGGCUGCUCCGGUGAACAUCCAAACGCCCACCAAAACCUGGGAGCUAAGUCUGUAUGAGCUACACAGGAGCCCUCAGCUGGCGAUCAUGGAUGGGACAGAGGUGGCGGUGUCUCCUCGCUCCCUGCACAGCGAGCUGAUGUGUCCCAUCUGUCUGGACAUGCUGAAGAACACCAUGACGACCAAAGAGUGUCUGCACCGUUUCUGCUCUGACUGCAUCGUCACUGCGCUGCGAUCAGGGAACAAAGAAUGUCCAACCUGCAGGAAGAAGCUGGUCUCCAGGCGUUCGCUUCGCCGAGAUUCAAACUUUGACGCGCUGAUCUCGAAGAUAUACCCCAGCCGGGACGAGUACGAGGCCCACCAACGCCGCGUCCUGGAGCGACUCAACAGGCUGCACAACAAGGAGGCACUGAGCUCCAGCAUCGAGGAGGGGCUCCGACAGCAGGCCCGCUACAGGUCUGAGAGGAACCACCGGGUGAAGAAGCCGGCUCAAGAGAGUGACAACACCACCUUCAGUGGUGGGGAAGAUAACGGUGAUGCCCGCUCACACCUGUCUCAUGACUCUGCCCCCUCCCACACCAUUCACCCCUCUGGUCAGACCCCCUCAGAGGCUGGGCCAAGCCGCAAGCGUCCGCGGGCAUCAGACGACGGCUCGGGGCCUGAGGCAGACAGUGGCAGCCCCACGCCUCCGCUGAGACGCCACAAAGAGGGGCCGGCAUCAGAGAUUGAGCUGGUGUUAAGACCACACCCAGAGCUGGUCCAAGCCCAGGACUACAGCCAGACCAGAUAUGUGAAGACGACAGCCAACGCCACAGUGGACCAUCUGUCUAAAUACCUCGCUCUACGCAUUGCCCUGGAGGACAGACAGACCAACGGAGAGACAGAGGACAGAAGAAGAGAGGAGGGGGCAGGACAGGAAAUGGAGGCAGGAGGUGGAGAAGCUGGAGGACCAGCAGGAAGUGGAGAGGGGUGCAGUCUGAGCAGCAUCAGUGAGAAACAGUACACCAUCUACAUCAUGACAAGAGGAGGACAGUUCUCUACGCUGAACGGCUCUCUGACUCUGGAGUUGGUCAAUGAGAAAUACUGGAAGGUGAGGAAGCCUCUGGAGCUUUACUACGCUCUCACCAAGAGCCAACAACAACAACCACCUCCUCAACCACCACAGAAGUCUCCUCCUGUACAGAGGGUGGGAUGAUUCCGAGCAGAGUGCUGCUCUGCUCCAACCACACGUUCUUCUGAAGGUGGAAUUUCAGUUGCUGCAAUCUCACAGCUUAUUAUCAGCAUAUCUUUGUUUUUUUAACUUACUGGCAUUAAAAGAGUCUUACUGACCUGAUUUCUGAAGAGGGAUUUAUAAGCUACCUUGAUAAAUUACCCACCUUCAUUUAUCAGGGACAUUUGGAACUCACUGUGGCCGAUGGACCUGGAGAUUACAAGCCGGACUUUUUCCUUUGUUUUCUCCUGAUAUGAAGCUUCUGCAACUCGUUGGCUUCUGUUUUUCCAUCAGUUUGAAUAUUUUAUUACUUAAAAAAAAUUAAUAACUUCACACAAUUAAAGAGACAAAGCUGUUCAAUGUCAAGAGAGAAGAUAUCUGAAAUUAUUUAUUAUGGGUGCCAAAAUGAGAACUAAGUUUCCGCUGUAAUUCCAAAUUGGAUUGUUUUCCAAAUGCUUACUUGUCUAAUUUUUAGGGCUGCCCCUGACUAAGAAUUUUCCUGUCCUGUCCUUCAGCUUCUCAAAAUGAUCCCACACUUUGGAUUUCCUGCCCGACAUGUUAUUAAGUAGCCUGUGUUCGACUAAGUUUGGUUGACUAUUAAGGGGCAGCCCUACUAGUUUAUGUACGUCUUUUUGCAAAAUUGAAUAUUAAAAUUGACAAACUAUAUUAAGGUAAUUAAUACCUGUGGUGGUCAGUUCUAGCCAGGAAAAGAAAGAAAGAUGUAAAGUUAGAUAUGAUAAGAAAUUCUCAUGGUCAGUCAAAAUUACGAGGUUUUAAUUUAGGUCUAAAUUAAUCAAAAUUUUCAAAUAGUAUCUAAAUUUAUUGACGGUGUGCCAAAAUUAUGGUAUACUUAAAUGUAAUUUUGAAAGUAAAAAUAUGGGGAAUGGUGAGAUGAGAUGGUAAAACCAAAAAUUGGUUUCUCAUAAUUUUGAUACAGUAAUCCAAAUUUUGACCAAACAAUUUUGACUUAGAAGAAGUGUUCAUUUCAUUUAAUUCCUUCAUUCUUCUCUUUCCUGGCAGAAAUAGGCAUCCAUACAUAUUUUGUUUGUUUGUUUCUGCUUUCUUUCUGCUUUCAUGACUUUAGGUAUCUUCCUCUUCUCUAGUAAUAUCACAGUGAAAAUAAGAAUAGUAAAGCAAAAAAAAGUUGUCUUCUAUAAGUUUCUAUAAGUAAUUCCAUCUAAAUUUAAUGUCUGAAUUAAUCUAUUUAUGAAAUAUUUGUAUAAUGUAAUUUUUAUGAACAUGACUGAAGUUCUUUGCUGCUUUGCUGGUCCGCUCUCAGCUGGACCUGUUGAUUGCUGCCUUACACAGUCGAAACUUAACUAAAACUUUAGUAUUGUUUCAUUAAGACACACAGCUGUAACGCGCAUAAGCUUCAAGACACAAAUGUUCAGUCACUCCCAGUUCUGCCAGUGCAUCUAUUGAUUUUCUAAACUGUUUAUCCUGUUAAGGGCUGGAGCCUCUCCCAGCAUGCACUGGGGUAGCGCAAGGUGACUACACAUUUUAGGAGCAAUAUCUUAGUUGGUUGAAAGAGGAGAUGUCAGGUAGUUUGUUUUCAGAAGCCUCGUUAUGAAGAGGAUAUGAGCAGGUCCUUUGCUUGUUUUAUUCCUUUAUUGUGUAACUUUAAAGUAUGGAAGCCCAUCUCUGCAAGUGGGAUUAAAAAAAUAUCCUGUUAAGUUAUAAUCAAAAACUUUGUCUUAGUAUUUCAAAAUAAUGGGCAGCUUUUCUUGUAAUGAUGACUUAGUAUCUGGGAAACUUAAUCAAAAUGAAUUGGUAUGACAAUGACUAAGUAUUGUUUUUAUUUUUUUUCUUCUUAAAUACUAAGUCAUAAUUUUGAGAUAAGUUAGUCAUUUUUGAGUUUCUUAUGACAAAUGUAUGUUAUAGUAAUUUGGACGAAUUAAUUUAUUAUGACAUACUAACUCAUUAUUUUUUGAUAAUUUUUUUUUUUUUUUUACAAGUAACUCAUUAUUUUGAGUUUCUCAUUAUUUUAACUAACAAAUUCAUUAGUUUGGAAUACUUUAGUACUUAAGUUUUUUUUUAAAUCACAAUGGCAGAAAUGGGCUUCCAUACAGGAGCUUCAAGGAUGUGUGCAGGUACCUUAAACUUUCCUGCUAUAUUUUACUAUGGUAUACACAUUUUUUCCAUUUAUCACCUUAAAAGAUGUAGCUUCAACACUCACCUUACCUUGUUGUUUCUCUCCUAUAAUACACCAAGUGUUUGGUUAGUAAGUUUGCAUGAAAAUGUUUCCUUAAAUUCAGCUCACAGGGUGUUACCGUCUGUUAAAGCCAUAACCCUCAGUUGGAUCCAACCUGGGUUCUUUACCAUUUAGACUUAUUUCAUUUCUGUCUUUAUGCACUUUAUUUCUUGCAGCCAUGUUUUUCCUAGCUUACCUCAGUUUUUAUGAAAUAUUUGUAUAUUAAGAAUGAUGUAUGAUGAUUUCCUUUUCUUCUGUUGUAUAAUUACAAUCUAUCCUUCUAUCAGCAAUGCGGCACAAUAAACUAAAAAACGAACACAUAUGGUAUAAAGUGUGCGUGUUUGAAAUUGAUGCUCUGAUCAAGCCAGUUAUGAGUAACUGUGCAAGUUGCUUCACAGUAACAGUAUCGAUGUUGUAUUCAUCUGUUCCUUUGUCCUUUAUUAUUUUCAGGUGCCAUUAAGCCAUUUUGCAAACUGUAUUUCUAUCUGGGAUAUCCAAAUUUUACAUAUUUUGUUUAGUAAAGGAGUUUUUUGUGCAGUCAAGUGCACACCUGUGAUUACACCCAACAGAGGGUGGUCUUGCUUCAUUUUUGACUCAUGAGCAGCCCCCCACCUUCAUGGAAGGAGCUUAUUACAUUACCAAAUGACCUCUUUAAGAUGACUGUAUUAAAGUAAUAUCCAAGAAACCAAGAUGCAAAAACUGGUGCAAACCAGUGUUAUAAAAC